AUAUGUAUAUAUAUAUAUAUAUACACAUGAUUGUGCAGGUUAAAAGAUAAAAUUUUCCUCAUUAUUGUUCCUUAAUUAUAUCAUAUAUGUACAAUAUAUGUAACAUCGUUCUUUUUUUUCUCAUCCAUUCGUCACUCACUUCGUCCGAUGAUAUCUGAAAACUCAAAUCUUCCAAAAGUAGAAUCCGAAAAAUAUGCAAUAGUUAAUUUAAUUAUUAUGUUUAUACUAUUAUACUUGGUUUAAUAACAAUUAAUUCGAGUAAGUAUAUCACAUGAAAUUUUUGAAAGGCCAAAAACAUGACAAGUACGAUCAAGAAAUAUUUUAAAGUACAAUUUAAAAAUAGAUAAAAGGAGAUAAUAGAAACAUGAAAAUAGAUUUGAUAUACAUAUGAAUAUGUAAAAUAUUUAAAAAGGGAGAAAGAGAGUUAUUCAUGAAAUAAGAAAAUCAUAAAUUAGAACAUCGCAGCUCUUCAGUAUAUUUCUGAUAAACGAGCCUAAGAUUUUCAAUGAUUUUUUUUUGUUUCCAGCCUUGACUAAUAAAAUAUGAAGAAAAAUGGCCAAGAAAUGUCAAUUUAUAUUACAUAAAGAUGUUUAGAAGAAUGUGUAUAUAUGUUCACUUAUGUGUAUAUAUGUAUGAAUAUAUAUAUACUCUUGCAACGAACCUUAUUCAUUUAUUCCUAAGAAAGAAUUGUUUCGUUCUUUUGCUCUUGUAGAAUUUAAUUAUCCAUAAUUCUAUUUGAUAUUUUUCCUCGUAAAUCUUUGCAUAUUAUUUAUUGUCAGACAAUCGAAUGUAGUUUCGUAAGGGAGACAAAAAUCAAAGAAGUAUCGACCUUCCCUUUCCGAAUAUGUGAAUGUAGUUAGUAUAAUAAGCCUCGAGACGAUAAGAAAGAAAAAUUAUUUGUUGAUUUGUUCAAUUUGUAACGAAUCAUCAGUGAAUUACAAUUAAGAUAUCCCUAAAUUUCUCACCUAAAGAUACAAAUAGUUCUUUUACUUUAAAAAGGAAUGGACGAUGACAUAGCUAGUCUUAAUUACGAUUGCAAUUAUAACCUUUACCUGGCCAAACGCCUGGUCAUCGACAUGAAGAGAUUUCGCGAUCAUCGAUUUAUUGAAAAUUUAUCUACUUAUUUCGCUUUAGAUCGGCAAAACGCAGUAAAGUGGUUACGUUUCUUGAUGAAUACCAACCACGAUAUUGCAGCAAUGCGACUUAGAAAUGAUUUUAUGCAUUAUUUAGUAUUGAAUCUUCAAGAAAGUCAAUUGAGGCCUCCUUUCGACAAACCACCGCCUAUUAUCGAAUGUCUUACGGAUAUAGCCAGAUUCAUAGUCAGUCCUGGCAAAAUCGACGUUACUGACGAUCCAUUGGACUCAUUAAUCAAUUUAGAGGAUAUGGCUGAAGAGAAAUCAAUGAUAAUGUCAUUAUCGCCAGACGAUGGUGCUUUUUUGACUUCUCAACCUGUACCUCAUCACGGUUCCUUUUGUUACUUGGCUAUUACUACGAAGAAAAGGGAAAGUUAAGAAUAGGAAUCGUCGUUAUAUCAAUUUCUUCGAUAUAUUCUUUCAUUUUAUUCCCCCAUAACUUAUGUAUCUUCUUAUAAAGUAUAUUUUUUUUUAUAUACACAGAGGUAUAUGUUUUAUCUUUGAAUAUUUCAAAAAUGGCAUAGUUGUUUUAGAUUCAGUUUUUUGUUUUGUUUGUUUUUCUCUUUGCUCUUUGUAAUUUCUUUUAAAAUUGUAAUAUUUCUUUCUGUUAUUUCUAUAACUCGCUUAUACGAUUUUCUAUUUCUUCUUAUACGUUUAAAAAAUAUUUCAUCGAAUGUUAGUAGUCUUAUAAAAUGUAACUUUACGCUCCCUUUAAGCGAAUAUAAAUUGGAAAAUAUAUAACUCGGCCAAUUACAAAAAGCGUACUUCUAUUGGUUUAUCUAGACACUAUAUGAUUAGCUUAUCAUUAGUUUGCUCAACUUUUUUUUCUCACACAGUAUCAGAUUAUUAACAUAACAAUAAUGGCUAUGCUAAUAUAAUAGAAUAGAUUAGAUUUAGCAUAUGGUCUAUUAGGCUUCUUACCUAUAUACACGUUAUCUCAAUUUGCAAACACUAUGAAACAAUAAGAAGUAAAAUUAUCAGAUUGUAAUACCGGCGGAAUGAAAACAAAAGAUCAAAUAUUUUAUGGAUAUAUAGUGCCUUCGAUCUUUAUUCAUAGGCAUGCAAAUAAUUCUGUGACAUCGGAAAAUAUGUGAAUUAUAUACACACACAUGAAAUAUAAAUAGUAAAGCGAUUAAAAACUUGCUUUGCAAUUGAUUUAUGCCUUCUAUUCUUUCUCCAGAUUUAUAAAUAUUUAAAGAUUUAAUACAAAAUGAAUCCAAAUGGAGAUAAUCAAGUUGAAAAAGGAACCUCUAUAAAAUUCGUUGUAUUUGUUUCUUUGAUGAAAGACGUGAUAUUUAACAAGCACCGUCCCCGAAAAAUUGAUACAGUAAUAAAGUAUUGUAUCAGUGUAUAACUUCAUACUCAUGCUUUCGAAACAGUGAUCAUAUUUAAAUAACAAAUUACUUGACAAAUUUUUAUGUACGUAAAUAUUCCAAAGUAAUAUUAGUAAAUUUGAUCAUUACAAUGAUGGACGAUAUACUUUGUAUUACUACUAUGAAAAUGAAAAAUUGAUUGAAAAAUCUUUAUGAAUCUUUUCUAUUUCUUUAUGUUAUCUUAUAUCAGUUAU